CAUUAUCCAACAGCUGAAUCUCUCCACGGAAAGGGCAUUUGUUGUUAUGGAAGAUGUCACUUGUCCGUGGGCUAAUGUUGUCGGCUGUGAGGACGAAGGCGUGGGGCAUCUGCAGGGCUGCCAGUGUCGGGGGUGUGAUUCCUCGUCAGAUGGCUUUGCUGCCCCCCUCCCCUGCUCGCUACAGUAGCUCCGCCCCCUCCCAGAGCCCCGUAGCCGCAGAGGAAACCGUCAAGCUCAGCAACACCUGCGUCAAGCGUAUGGGUGAGAUCAUGGAUAAAGGAGAGUAUCUGCGCAUCUCAGUAGAGGGAGGAGGCUGCUCUGGAUUUCAAUACAAAUUCUCAGUCGACACGCAGAGGAACGAAGAUGACAGGGUGUUUGAGCAGGAGGGUGUGGGUGUCAUUGUGGAUGAAGAGUCUCUGGAGUAUGUUAAAGGAUCCACAAUCGACUUCAGUGAAGAACUCAUCAGAGCAUCCUUCCAGGUUCUGAAAAAUCCUCAGGCUGACCAUGGCUGCUCCUGUGGAGCCUCCUUCUCUGUCAAAAUCUAAUACACCCACACACCUGACAACCCCAUGAUCACUCCCGGUUGCAGGGUCACUAGAAGCUUUAGUUUCCAUGGUAACACUAGUGGUCAUUGCCAUGGUUACACUCAGAGUUGGAUCUCCUCUUCUACUCUAAUCAGUGUUUGAUGCUUAAGUAGUAAGGCUGGUGUGUGUGUGUGUGUGUGUGUGUGUGUGUGUGUGUGUGUGUGUGUGUGUGUGUGUGUGUGUGUGUGUGUGUGUGUGUGUGUGUGUGUGUGUGUGUGUGUGUGUGUGUGUGAGUGUGAGUGUGUGAUGUUUAAGCGUCAAGGACCGGAGUGAGCGUGCCUGUGUGAAUGUGUGUGCGCAUCAGUGAAUCCGUCUUGAAGAAGGCAAGUAGAGUGUAAAUACGAACGUGUGUAAAUAACAGAAUGCUAUAUUAUUAUUCAUUAUGAAAAUGUAUAUACAGAGUUCAUGAGUAAGACAUGUGAGAACAGAUAUUUUGCAUUCUGCUCUUCUCUCUGAUGUAAGUUUGUCUGAUAAUAAAGAUUUGAGAUUAUUGAUUGUUGAA